AUGACUGAAGAAAUCCAGAAAAAACUUCAAAAGGAACUCGAAAUUUUUAAUGGAGUUCAAAAGGAAUAUCAUAAGGCUAUGGCCCAAAAGCAGCAACUAGAUAGCCAGUUGAACGAAAAUAAAGCAGUCAAAGAAGAAUUGAUGUUACUCAAAAAAGAUGCAGAAGUGUAUAAAUUAAUAGGGCCAGUCUUAAUAAAGCAGGAUUUGGAAGAAGCCAGACAAAAUGUUGCGAAACGAAUGGAAUACAUUAAUAAAGAAAUGAAAAGAACAGAUGAUCACAUUUCGGCAUUAGAAAAUAAACAAGAGGCUUUGCAAGAAAACUUAAAUAAACUAAAAAAUGAUCUAGGGAAAAUGAAAAUAAAAGCUUGA